AUGUCUGCGUCCAUGAGACCCAGUUCAGCGCCAAGUUCAUCGAGGUCGGAGAAAGCGCUGGGCACCACAGUGGCAGAACUGAAUUUUGAAGUCCCAGCAGAAAGCGGACAGAUACAGCCACAUUAUGUUCACAACCAGAUCAUCCCAGACGAACUGCUGGUCAGCCUUACCUCCACAGUCUGCAACAGGAACACACUGGGACACACUGCACACCAUCGGCACUGCAAGGCGUGUGGAAUCAGACGGCCAGAUGCAGUCUGGCAACACCCGCUAGGACGCAAGAAAUAUAAAUACUUUCUGGAGCAGCCAACAUCGCUGACUGGAGCUGGCAGGGAUAUUUCGUUCCUGUGUGAUGCUGUGGUUACCCAGAAGAGAACAACUCCCCUCCCACCGCUGACUGAAAGGAGCAGCAUCGGUGACGCGCAGAACUUGGGUGUCUCAGAGAGUCUGAUCCCAGAAGAAUAUCACAUUGUGAAAAACAAAGGGCUGCGGAGUCUGGAGUUCUUUGAGGAUGCAUUCACAGUGCAACUGCAGGAUGAUGAGCAGAAGCUACGUGUCUUUCCUUCGCUGAGGCCCAGUGGCAGACUGGAAGUGGUUCAUCUGAUGAGGAUGAUGGACGACAUGCUGGAAAAGGCUGGAGUGGAUCAGCAGAGUCAGGAACUAACUGAGCUCUCCCAGAUGGAGGGUCUGCUGGAGCUGGUACAGACUGAGCAGAACAUCUACAACAUUGUUUUCCAUGAACUGAUCAGGCAGGUCAGUGUGGGAUGUGCCGAGAGAGGACAGCUGCUUGCCAAACUCAGACAGCGCUACCAGUCUCUGCUUGAGCGAAUCCCCCGCCGUCUGAAGGCUCUGCACACAGAGGCAGUGGCACAGCGGGCUCUGGAUCGCCGGCUAACCGAGGAAAUCCACCGCAUCAAGACAUCCAUCCAGCAGCUCAGCACGGAGCUGUCCAGGAUCAGAGACCAUGAUGCCUUUGUCUCCCAUCAGGCGGAGCGUGCUCACCAGCAGCUGGCUGAAGCGAUUGAUCAGAGUCACACCAACUCAGAUGUGGUUCAAGGUUACCACGAGCUGUAUGAGCUGCAGAGGGGUCGCCUUAAGGCUCAGCUGCUCCAGAUGACUGAGGAGAGAGACUGCUGGAGGAAGCGCACCUUCUGCCUUGCCCUCAAGGUUAUCAGUGUGAAGAAGCUGGAACUAGUCAAACGGCUGCAUUUCAGUGAGCUGAGCUGGUUUAAGACAGCAGAGCAUUGCACCAUGUACCUCACUUCAAAGGACACAGAGGACCUGGAUAUCAUCAUGGAGCUUGCAGACUACUGGAGAGAACAUCUGACUGCUUUCAUGUGUCAGCUGAAGAAGACUGAGCACGCUCAGUGUGACCAGAUCAAUGCCAUCCAGCAAGGCAUCGUCAAGUGGCUCGCCUUCUGCACCUCAAAGAACAAGUGUAGUGACCCAAAAUAUGAGAACACUUCAGUGGAAGGGAUUCAUGCUGAUAUGAAGCAGUGGUCAGAAACAUUGGCCCUGCAGUGUGAGCACUAUCAAGGUGAAGAACUGCUCUGCUGCCAGCAGACAUUAGGUGAACUUGGCUGUGUUCAGGAAAGGUGGUUGGAUUUGAGCCUUCAGCUGUUCAGAAGACACAUGGGCCCUCAUGAUGAACCUCCUGCAGGCCAGGAAGUCCUAAGGGAGCUGGGCAGGGUUAUAUCUGAGCAUCACAAACAGUUGGAAACGCAAGCCAGUGGAGAGAGUGGAAUCCACGGACUGAUCAUGUCACUGCACGGGUUGAUAGAGUCCUGGGUAGCGAAGCUUGGGGCAGUGAUUGGCCGUCCAGAAAUGAUGGCUGUCUUUGAUUGGCUGAGGCUGGAAAAGGCACUGCGCAAUUGGCAAAGUUUCACUGAAGAAGCCUUGCAGAAGAUCUCCAUUGUGCAGACAACAGAAAAGGUGUUAGACCAAGUGCAGGAGUUCAUAACCAGCCUGUCCAGUUUCACUGACAGUGAGAACCAGAGACUAAUGGAGGAGGUUACUUCCAUUAAAUUGGCUGAGACCCACUGGAUGUUGGAUAUGUUGCUCCUUAUGGUCCCUGACCAUAGUGAGGAGCAGAGCCAAGAACAGGAACACCAAUACAUUACAAACAUCUCGCUACAGAAACUGGAUGAGGAUGCCAAAGUGUUGGCUGAGAAACUGGACUUUUUUUCCAGAUACAUAACCAGCUCAUGCCAGCUGAUUGUGGAGGAACAGAUUCUGCAGAACCCACGUCAAGUUAAGGAUGGAAAUGAGAUGAAUGAGUUCAGAAAGUUGCAGACAGACUGCAUGGAUUGGGUGGAGACUUGUAUGAUCCUGCUCUCAGGAGUAGAAGGUGGCUCUGUGGAGCUGUCUGUCAGACAGGCUGACCCCUCUUCCAGCAGUGAUCUGCCUGUCUCUCCAGCAGACAGCCUGAAGUCUCUGGGGGAGCUAAUGGUUUGCGAGAGUCUAGUGGUGAAUCUAAUUGACUAUGACGGAAACAUCACACAAAGAAAGCUGGGAGAGAGCAGUGUGCGGCUGAGUGAGACUGAGGAACUGGUUGUGUCUCCAGCAACAGAUGAAGCCCAGAAAGCUUUUAGUGAUCUGACCACAGUAGGAAUACUGCAACAGGAACUGCAUGAGUCCGAACUGCAGGUUCAGAGUGCUGAGCAGCGUGCUCUGAAAGCUGAGGAGGCCCUCCAGGCAGCACUGGAGAAGAUUAAAGACCUGGAGAAACGACUGGAGGAUCAGUCCAGCCUGGAGCCCAAAAGUAGUGACGAGAAAAAGGAAGUACCACCACCUUCCCCACCACCAGUAACAGCCCCAGCUCCUCCAAAGAAAACUGCUUCUGAAGCCAAAUCAUCAAGCAGCCCCAAAAAGACCAAGAAACGCUGA